AAAGCUGUGAGAGCGACAGUCCUACAGUUUGAUGCGAACCAAGGAUGGCGACGAGUGAGGACCCAACGAUAGUUAUAAUAGGAUGUGGAGUAUCGGGUAUAGCAGCGGCUCACCGGCUUGUCAAAGCUGGAUAUCAUGUGCGGAUACUUGAGGCGACUGGAAGAAGCGGGGGACGAAUAAAAACAGCAACUCUGGGUAACACUAUUACAGAGAUAGGUGCGGCUUACAUCCAUGGCCCAUCUGAGGAGAACCCAUUGUUUUGUCUGGCUCGUGACUAUGGCCUCUUGCCUCCAGAAGCCCUCAAUCCAGAGAACCAGGCCGUAGACGUGGAUGAAGAUCCUCCCUUGGUCCCCAACUGGUUCAGCAGUUCAGGUGAGAGGCUGAGUGCAGAAAGCAUGGAACCAGCUGAGGAGCUGUUUCGUGAGAUUUUGGAUAACACUUCACAAUUUCAAAAUCUCAAAAACACAUCCUGGAAGAGUGUAGGACAUUUCAUGCGAACAACGGCGCAGAACCAAGCAGCAGGAAGGUGGAAAGAUGAGGAUGAAGCCACUAGGCAGCUGCUUCUCUCUGCCUUCAGUACUAUGCUGAAGUUUGAGUGCUGUGGAAGUGCGACUCAUAGCAUGGAUGACAUAGACCUGGCAGGGUUUUCUAUGUAUAAGAGCCUACCUGGCGUGGACUGCACGCUUCCAAGAGGAUUUGAGCGCCUAAUCGAGAACUUGAUGUCUGAACUCCCCUCUGAUUUAGUGACCUACAAUUGCCCUGUGCGCUGUGUCCACUGGAGCAACACAGAGAGUGACUUAAGUCCUGUGACGGUUGAAUGUGAGAAUGGGGAGAGGAUUGCAGCUGAUCACGUUAUUGUCACUGUGCCUUUAGGAUAUCUGAAGAAGCACCACUCCACUCUGUUCUACCCUCCUCUCCCGGCCCACAAGCUGAAGUCGAUCGAGACACUAGGAUUUGGAACAUGUGACAAAAUAUUUGUGGAGUUUGAAUCGCCGUGGUGGGAUGAUGACUGUGACAUCAUCUACCUCGUGUGGGAAGACGAGGAGACUGUGUCAGACCAAGUGUCUGAUGUGAGUAAAUCCUGGAUAAGGAAGUUGGUGUCAUUCACUGUGCAUAAACCUUCUAAAACGGGUAGCCAUGUUCUCUGUGGCUGGAUUUGUGGUCAUGAGGCAGAGUAUAUGGAGACACUUCCUGAGGAGGAAGUGAGAGAAUCAAUCACAAAGCUCGUCCGUACAUUCACAGGAAACGGUACCAUCACACCAAAGAGAAUCCUGUGUUCCCGGUGGUUCACUGAUCCCUGGACAUACGGUUCCUACUGUCACACAGCCAUAGGCUGUACAGCCAAGGACCUGAAGAACAUGAUGGAACCUCUGCCUUCACAGGAAACUCCGUCACAGCCCCUGCAGGUGUUGUUUGCUGGAGAGGCAACCCAUCCUUGCUUUUACUCCACCGUCCAUGGAGCAAUUAUCACUGGGUGGAGAGAAGCAGAUAGACUCAUCACUCACUACUUGGCUUCUGUUAGCCCAUGA